AAAGAGCUUUGCGCCCUCUCCCCUGCUGCUCGCUCUGGUUUUGGCGGGAUCCGUUUUUGUCAGCUGGGUGACCUUGGGUUGCCUUUGAGGAACAAAUAGAAAUAUAAAGAAAUAUUGGCAGAGGUGAAGGCGCAUGGGAGUUGGAGAAUGCCUCUGGCCGCCCAGAAGGAAACCGAGGAUGACCAGUACGUUUUAGUGGCCGGCCUCGACAACGUUCGAAACCUCUCAAAUAUCCUGAAAGCGAUCCAUUUCCGAGACCACGCGACCUGCUUCGCCACCGCCAACGGAAUCAAGGUGACGGUCGAAAAUGCGAAAUGUCUGCAAGCGAAUGCUUUCAUUCAGGCGGGGAUAUUUCAAGAAUUUGUCGUUCAGGGAGAAUCCGUGACAUUCCGAAUCCAUCUGACCGUACUUUUGGACUGCCUGACCAUUUUCGGAUCAAGUCCUCUACCAGGAACCUCAACCGCUCUUCGCCUGUGUUACCGGGGUUACGGCUACCCCUUGACACUGUUUUUGGAAGAAGGAGGAGUAGUGACGGUGUGCCGCAUCAACACGCAGGAGCCGGAAGAUACGCUGGAUUUUGACUUCUGCAGCGCGAACGUCAUUAACAAGAUCAUCCUCCAUUCAGAGGGGCUCGGGGAAGCGUUUGCUGAAUUAGACAUGACAAGUGAAGUCCUGCAGAUUACCAUGUCCCCGGACAAACCCUAUUUCAGGUUAUCCACCUUUGGAAACGCAGGCAGUUCACACCUGGACUACCCCAAAGAUUCGGAUUUGGUGGAGACGUUCCAGUGCAGUCAAUCCCAGACACACAGGUACAAGAUCUCCUUGCUGAAACCGUCUACAAAGGCGUUAGCCUUAUCUUGCAAGGUGUCGAUCCGAACGGAUAACCGGGGAUUCCUUUCCUUACAGUACAUGAUUCGCAAUGAAGAUGGGCAGAUCUGUUUCGUGGAGUAUUAUUGUUGCCCCGAUGAGGACGUUUCCGAAUCCGAACUCUAGCCGUCAGCCUUCGGUUAGCAUUUCUUUUGUGGAGACUCACGAUGGACCGCAAUUCUCUGGAAGUUUCUCUAGGACUCUCGUCCUAGUGAGUUAAAAAUCAGUAUCAGAAAUAAUUAAAAUCAAGGCCGACGCGUCUCGGCAGUGAGACGAAGCAUUUCUGGCCGUUUUCCUAUUUGACUCUUCUGGAUCCUGUGGCUUGAUUCCACGGCAGUGCAAUCGUGCCGACUGUUGAGUUAAUUAGGAACUUGGCAUUUUUGAAAAACCUCGGCCUUUGGAAAAGCUAGAGGCGGAAUGAAAAGUGAAGUUGGCAAAUGGAUCUUUGAACGUUUCUGAUUCCAACGACUGUAAAUCAGAAAAGGAGUAUUUUGUAAAACAAAAAACAAAGACUUUUUCUAGCAUUUUGGACACGUAAAAGGCUUUGGAGGUACUCUUGGGUUGUGAGGAUUUUGGUAGUUUGUAGCGUAGAAAAAAGCCUCUGAAAUAUUUAUUUUGAAAUAAACAGCUUCAAGA